AUGGCCAUUGACGACCAAAGCACCCUGCACCCUGCAGUCGUGGCUUGUAACGCCGUGGCUGCACUCUACCCUGCCCAAGUUGUUAAACCAUCCUCCUCAGAGUUUGCUGCCGCCCAGGAUUCGUUCUGGGAUGCCAGACAGCGAGGGAGAGCCCCAGUCUGCUUCUUUCAACCAACGAACGCGACUCAAGUGAGAGCCGCCCUGAUUGAGGUGGUUCGCGCUAAAUCCCACUUUGGGAUAAAGGGCGGCGGCCAUUCGGCGAGCAAAGGCUCGAGCAGUGAGGGCAGCUUUCAAUUUGAUCUCUCCAAUCUCGAUCACGUCGAGAUUUCAGACGACAAACAAACCGUCAAGGUGGGACCCGGCGUUAAAUGGGGCCCAUUGUUCCAAACCCUUGAGAAGAACGAUGUCAUGGCCGUGGGCGGUCGUGACUUCAACGUUGGCGUACCUGGAUUCAUAUUUGGCGGCGGAAUUUCGUAUCUAUCCGCCCCACGUGGCUGGGGCAUUGACAACUUGGUCUCCGUUGACCUGGUCUUGGCGAAUGGUGACACGGUGACGGCAGACAAGUCUUCUCACCCUGACCUUUUCAAGGCUUUACGGGGAGGCGGUGCCCAUAACUUUGGUAUUGCCACAAGCCUCACCUUAAGACUGUACCCAUAUACAGGCAUGUGGGGAGGCGUGCAUGCCAUUGCCGAAAGUCACUUUGACGACGUCUUUGAUAAAUAUGAUCGGUAUUCGCAUGAGUUGAUCAAGGACGGCAAAGCUCAUCUGAUUAUGGACUUUACGUGGCAGGACAGCGGACUGGUUGUUGGUCUAUCCAUGGGGUACCCAGAGUCCGUCGACAACCCCCCUAUCUUUGAUGGAUUGCGCCUCGUUCCGAGCCUUUUUAGCACUCUUCGUCUUGAUGAUUGUAGCUCUCUGGCAACCGAAGUUGCCGAGGUCACUGACUCGCGAGGAAAGCGAAACACAUAUUGGACAUUGGCCAUGGAAUACGAUAUUGAGUUGCUCAAGUCCGUGUAUGAGCUCUGGGCGCGAACUACGAAGCCUCACGCUUCUCGAUUCGAGCUGACUUUGGAUGUCAACCAUAUCACUCCGGCCAUGAGAAACAAGGCAGCGGGGGAAGGCAGGGGUAAUCUGUAUGGGCUCGAAGGCGCCAAUGAACCACUGACGAAUAUAAUGUUGACUAUCGUGUGGGAGAAUGAGGCUGACGACAGGGAGGUCACAGCCUUGCUGAAGAGCUUGGGAAGCGAGAUUGAGGCUCUAGCUGAGCAGCACGGCAAGUCGGUUCCGUUCAAGUAUAUGAACUAUGGAAACGAGGAACAGGAUGUUGUCUCAAGCUUUGGAGAGGAAAGUAUGUCCUUCCUAAAGCAGGUAGCCUCUAGGUAUGACCCAGAGGGCGUUUUCCAGACCUUGCAGCCUGGGGGCUUUAAGCUUUCUUAG